UGUCAAUCAAGUGGUAGCAAAAAGCAGAAAAACAAAAAACAAAGCAAUUUUAAUUGAAAAAAUAUUAUAAACUCUGCCUAUUUGCUGAAAAUUAUACUAUAAAACUGCCUGUAUUUACAGUAUACAGUGAUUGUUUCAGCAAUAAACAUCGUAAUGGCUUUGCAAGCAGAGAAUUUGACGACUUGCUGUCGAACUUGCACAGAGGGCUCAUUGGAAAUGUUCGAUGUGUUUGCAACUUAUAACAGCUUAGUUAUUGCCGAGGUGCUCUGCACAUGCACAGCUGUAAAGAUUGAAAAAGACGAUAGUUUACCUCAACAAAUAUGCAUAAAAUGCUACAAGCAGCUCACAAUGUUUGUAGACUACAAAGCACAGGCGGAGCUGGCAGAUUCUAAACUACGAGCUUCACUGUCCAGUGGAAAACUAGAGGUUUCUGUCAAAGAAGAGCAAGACUCCUUUGAAAAUUACCCAUGUGAUGAAGACUACUCCUUUGAUUAUACAGAUGAAACUGAAUCAGAGGUUAAGCAAGAGUACUGUAGAACAGAGGCAGAAGUAACAGAAAAAAAGAAAUCAAAAAAUUUCAGCUGCCACGUUUGCUCUGAAGUAUUUAGGAAACUGAUUCACUUGAGGAAUCACAUAAGAACAGAGCAUCCUGGCGAACGUAUCAAGUCUGAAUUCACAUGCAAGGUGUGUGGUAAAUCAUUCAAGCACCAUAAUAGACUGUUACGACAUAAUCUAAUCCAUGAUACAAAGCAGAAGCAAUUCCCCUGUGUAUUAUGUCCUGAAAGCUUCCGCAGGAUGUCUUUAUUGACUAGUCACUUAAUAAUCGAACAUAAUCAAAUAGGAGAUGUGAAACUUGGAGCAAUAUGUGAUAUUGGUGUGAACGACAACCAAGAAAUAAAGAAAGAAGAACCAGACAUAUUCUUGUGCGAUGUUUGCUCAUGCACAUUUGACUCAGCCCAUUCGUUGGCAGCACAUAAAAAGAAGCACACAAAACCUGGCAGGGUACUUGCAUGUUCAAUUUGUGGAAAAGUUUUUAAGAAGACAAGUCAUUUAAAACGUCAUGAACUAACACAUGAUGUGAAUAGACCAUACAAGUGUUGUUUAUGUAAGAAGGCCUUUGUAAAAGAGUCUGACUUAUUAUCACACUUGGAUAAGCAUAAGGGAAUAUCCUCUGGACCGUACAGGUGUGCUAUUUGCUCAAAAGAGUUUACACACAAAUCAGCAUUGACAACACAUAUAAAAAUACAUACUGGGGAUAGGCCUUAUUUAUGUCCAACCUGUGGGAAGAGGUUUGAUUCUAGCAACAACUUAAAACAGCACAUAAGGAGGCAUAAUGGCGAAAAACCGUUUGAGUGCAAUUUGUGUCCAAAAAGAUUUAUAAGUAAAGGGGAGCUCAAGUCGCACGGCGUGACCCACACAGGACUCCUCGCGUGGACGUGCGACCAGUGCGGCGCCGCCUUCACCAAGUCCACCACCCUGCACAAGCACCGGAUGAGGCACCUCGGGGUCAAGCCGCACCCGUGCGACAAGUGCCCCAUGAAAUUCACAACAAAAGACCAUCUAAAGCGUCACUACCGCAUCCACACCGGCGAGAAGCCAUACAAGUGCGAGUUCUGCACGCGCGCGUUCUCCCAGAGCAACGACCUGGCCAAGCACCGGCGGUCACACGUCGGCGACCACUUGUACAAAUGUGAUCAGUGCACAGAAGGCUUCCGUUUGAAAUCCGAGCUCACUCAGCACAUAUCAGAGCAUUUCCUCGCAUCCAAGUUAGAAGCAGAGAAAAAUAAUAAAUCGGAUUUAAAAUUAGACAAAGAUGGUGAAAGUGGUAUUGAGAGCGAGUUUUUGACGAAUGGAAGUUAAAGUUUUAACCACGUUUUAAGUUUUAACUAUAUUUAAAGAAAACAAUUAUUGCCAAAUUUUCAAUCUAUAAUGUUUGUUGUUGCCGGAGUGCGUUAUCAAUAUUA